AUGACUGUGGUCGAGCUCCCCAACGAAAUCAUGGCAAUAAUCUUUAGAGAAGCCUGGCUUUCCUCGUCGUCGGGUGUUGAACGCACGUCUCUAUUCUUCGGAUUCAUGUUGACAGGCCCGAAUUUCACCGACGUCUUGGCCCCCCUGAUGGUUCGCUACCCUCGGCUUUGCACCACCGUCUCCCCACCCCACGCGUUGGACGCCGGGUUGCUGGACCGUGCGGUCAACGUCCGGCCCCGGAGACCGCCCCCAAUCCCACCAUCAAGCCGUCACAUCAAUAUCAACAUAUCGUUUCUCGAGGUCACGGCCAGCGACGCCCAGCUCUUCCUCUUCCGCGACCGAUGGUUCGUGCCGUGGGACGCCUUCCUCCACACCAACCUCAACACCGUAGUCCUAUGCCCCUCCGUCACCGUCUCCGGCACAGAACACUGCCCCCUCCUCCCAUCCCCCGCGUUCUCCGCGCGCUCGCGGCCGCCUUCCCCGCACUCACCCACCUCUACCUGGACAUCCCGUUCCCCACAACGGAGUGUACCACAGCGUGGGAAACCUCACCGGCGUCGUGUUCCCCAGCCUCAAAUUCAUCCGCCUGCGCAUUGCCGCCCUUCCCUGCUUCUGCGAUGGAAGUUGGUGCCGCCUUUCCCCGGGUACGAGUGGCAUAGGGAGUUCUGCUUCCCGAUGGCGCUUUGCGCGGUGGCUCCCGGCCUGGAACACCUCCAGUUCGACACCGCUUUCCCCUUACAUCACUUGCAACUCCCGUCGAGGGUCCGCCACCUGACCCUCGCCGCGACGCCCGUGCGGAUCCCGGGGCAAGAAGAAGCCAGCACGCUCGAGGGUUACGGGCUCGUCGCGGCCCUCCACGGUGGGCUGCUUAGGGUGACGGUACUGGGGGACGUUGCGCCUCGACGGCUGGAGAUCUGGAGCGGCACGGAGAUGGUGGUUGGAUACAAGAGUGUGGUGGCGGUGUGUGGGGAGUACGACAUCGAUACACUGAAGGUGGUUCAUUGGCAACAUGUCUUGAGUGAGUGA